GGUAAACAGAAAAUUAUUUAAUUGGACCUUUAAAUACGUAGGUGUUAAAACUUAAAAGUAGGAAAAUAAUUGUAUUUAUUGUCGACUCAGUUUUGAGCAUCAACGUUUUGAUCAGAUUUAGGGACGAGUAGCGGAAGAGAAACAUAGGUUGGUAAUGUUUUUGGAAAUGUGUUCGGCAAAGUUGUAGGCGCGGGAAGGCAGUGGGGGCGCGGGGUGUCUCCGGCGUGAGUGCGAGCGACGCGCGACACGCCGCGCGCGGCUCACUCACCAGUAGGCCAGUACGCGGCACGCGGCCACUCGGGGGUUCGAGCCGAGGGGCGACGCACACACACACCGCGCCGAGUCCACUCAUUCUGGAAUCAAACAACGUAGCGUAGCGGCCCGCGCACACGUGCGCAAGUCACAAAACACGGUUGCCGCUUGUCUACUUGCGUCCCCCCUGCGCUGUUGGCUGCCUCUGCGACCGGCCGACUCCGCGCUCAUGCUUCAUUUUGUAAUACUACUCACUUCACUUUGCUCUACGCUGCCUAGUUGUGGCCUGAGUUCGUGCGAGACGUACGCGUUUUAAGUUGCUCGAUAGUGUCUUUGUUCUGUGAUUUAACCAAAAAAGUAUAUAAUAACUGGCGCGAAAACUUUGUUGUUAGUGAAGUGAAUGGGCGAGGUCACUACUCUGUGCGCAAUUUUAUAGAGCCUGCCUAAGUAACUGUAGUGCGGUAAACUUGUGGUGCAGAUCGGCGCAGACCCUUUGCUUCGUGCUCUGUGAAAAUAACAAACUCGUCUCCAUACCAACCACAAUAAGUGCAUAACUUACACGUGACUUAAGUACAUUCUUUUUUAAUUUCAACAUUUCAGAACGUGAAUGAUUUAAGUUUGUUAAGAUUUGCUCCUGUGAGUAUAGUUUGAGAUGAUGUCGGUACCCCGCGCGACAUAGCGCCGGCUUUUGGCACGCUUUGCUAAUAGUGUGAAGUGUUGUUUUGUGAGUCAUUGCACGCUGCAAUGUAGACGAAAUGAUGGAUGUGCAAUUAAACGAAUCGAGUAAGUGGCAGCGCGGAGGGUUUCUGUCAUCUUUGAAUAAAAGUUUUCGAUUAGCAAGCGGGAAAACAAGAAGUGUGAAUAACUCUCCUACAGAAAAUAAGAGCAUUGAACAAAUGUUAGAUAUGUCGUCAACAACAACGGGUUUGAAUUCGUCCAAUGAGGGUGCGUCGGCGACGCUGCGGCCGCUGGAGAUCGUGGCGCCACGCAUAGACACUUACAGGUUCUCCAUGGCGAAUAUGGAAGAGACCCAGGACGCCGACCUCGAUGCAAUACUUGGGGAGCUGUGUGCUCUCGACUCCGAGUAUGAUGAAGAGAUAUCUAGGAUGUCUGUUCUAUCAUCAGCCUCGAAGUCCAGAGCAGACGGCGCUGGUGAAGGCUCCCAGAGGCAGGACGGACAAUCGGACGGAGCCUCGAGCAUAGCCCGCACAGACUCCCCUGACAACGAUUCUGCCUUCAGUGACACUGUAUCGAUGCUAUCCAGUGAAUCUUCGGCGUCGAGUAGCACCAGCACCAAAUGUAAAGCUUUGAAGUUGAACCUUCAUCAGACACAAAAGGGUGCAAGUUUCCAACAAAAGGCUGAUAAAAUAAAGUUAGCUCUAGAGCGCAUGCGCGAAGCUAACAUAAAGAAACUUUUUAUAAAAGCGUUCUCUAUGGACGGGUCCUCCAAAAGCCUGCUGGUUGACGAGAAAAUGUCCUGCGGGUACGUGGCGAGGCUGCUGGCAGACAAGAACCACGUGUCUAUGGAACCAAAGUGGGCGAUUGUCGAACAUUUGCCCGACCUCCACAUGGAACGAGUGUACGAAGACCACGAGAUGCUAGUCGACAACUUAAUGCUGUGGACAAGGGAAUCUAAGAACAAAAUCUUAUUUGCUGAGCGCCCUGACAAGAUAUCCCUGUUUCAAACUCCGGAAAAGUUCUUACUGACUGAAGACGACAGAGGCUGGUCCAGCGAACAUGAUGAGCAUUCAAGACAAGUCAUCAUAGAAGAGUUCUUCGGCCAGAGCGGCGGUACCACGAGCACCAUUCCCUCCGUGUCAGGUCACCCCGUGCCUCCCAUGGAGGGACCACUGUAUCUCAAAAAUGAUGCUAAAAAGGGUUGGAAGAAAAUAUACUGCGUCUUACGACCGUCCGGACUGUACUACUCGCCCAAGGAUAAAGUGAAAACUUUGAAAGAACUAGUCUGCUUGGCGACUUUCGACACUAACGAGGUGUACAUAGGGUUGAAUUGGAAGAAGAAGUACAAGUCUCCGACCGACCACUGCUUCGCGAUCAAGCACCCGCGUCUGCAGCAACCAAAGAGUGUUAAGUUUAUUAAGUUUCUAUGCGCUGACGACCAGCGCACUCUCGAGAGAUGGGUGACUGCGAUGCGUAUAGCAAAGCAUGGAAGGCAGCUACUAGAGAACUACCGCUCUCUCGUCGAAGAACUUACUCAGGAGGACUUGGACCACCUCGCUCACGCUCGCUCCUGUUCUAUCACCUCAAUACCGACUAAGACUAACGGCAUGCCGCCAGUUGGAAUCAAUAGCCCUGCCCAGUCCACCUCAAGCAACGUCAGUGUUGCCAAUUCUGAUAUUAGCAGUGGCAGACACUCGCGCGCAUCGUCGUCAAGUUCGAGCGGAUGUCUCUCCGACGGCGGCACCGCUUCCGAAAGUGCUUUCGACUGCGAGUUCCCCAUGGGUACAAUAAAGAGGAAGCCAUCAAUGAAGCCCAAUAUUCCGUUGACUUGGAUGACGCGUCAGUUGAAGGAGAUGGUGGAGAAAGGCGGGGACUGCGGGGCGGAGGACGAGGGCGGCGGCGACAGUGGCACGCUGACGCGGCGCCCGCGACCCACUCGUGAUGACUCCACGCUCAAGCGCCACCAUACUAUUGAUACAUCGGAGCAAGUCGUAUAUUCAACGGCGACAAAUCCCCGCUUGAGUGGCACUGGCAGCCCUGUCCAUCGCGACCCGCCCUCACCCACAUACGGCCACUACGAGAGCAUUCCUCGCGACACCUUGUACCGCAACAGUUCCAGCGACACAGGCUCGGCACUCUACGGGUACACCACUAUAUAUGACAAAGCACCGAGAGCACCGGUCGUCAGCACUCUCGAGGACCUGCCGCCGCCACCGCCUCCCACAGAAGACGUGACGGAUGCCAUGUUCUGUUCGACGCUGAGCCUGGACUCGCUGCCGCCGCCGCCGCCACCGCUUGAGCCCAUCGAGGACCUGUCAGGCUCGCAGCUAAGCCUGCCGCCGCCGCCACCCGAGCACGCUAUCGAGGCGGCCGCCGCCGCCGCUGCCGCCGCAGGCCGCGUGCACGACAUCGUUACGCAGCUCACCGCGCACCAGAGUGAGCAGGCAGCCCGCGCUGGUCAAGCCAAGGUCACGCUGCGGAACCCCGAUCAGAGCCGAACCUUCCCGCGCCAGCCCUCUCUAGACAGCGUGCACUCGGAAGCCUCUCGAACUUCGUCUCUACAUUCGGAUAAAAGUAUCUACGGCCAGCAGAAUGUGGCGUAUGGCGCGUGUCUCGCCGAACUUCAAAUCAAAAAACUUAGCAACGGCAGCCCUUCGAUUCAGAAGAAACUAAACACCGAACCUGGUAAAGAACGCACCGGCUCAAUAAAGAAAGUGAACUUUGCCGACGAUCUACCCACCUGUUCAGAUAGCAAAAAAAAUAAGAAAAUAUCCUUCAAUUUAAAAGAGCAGCCCCCACUAUCACCUCGUAAGCCACCGCCACCGAAGCGUAACGAGAGUACGAAACUAUCGUCACCAAAGAAACUAGCCGAUUCAAACAGUAAUCCCCCAAAGGAGUUUCUAAGAGACUUACAAAGAGUGAUGAGAAAAAAAUGGCAGGUGGCCCAAAAAUGUAAAUUAGAGCCUGCCACGACGCCACAUGAGGUUCUCGGGUUCAGAGAGUAUCCGCUGUCUGAGGAUUAUAAAGAGACGAGUGUAUCGAUGUGGGUGCAAGAGCACUACGGUGGGGUAGUGGAGGAUCCGUUCUACGAAAACGUGUUCGGGCGCGAGCCACCGCCGAGGCGCGAGGAGCCCAAGCCCAUCAAGAAGCGCCCGCCGCCCGCGCCGCCGCGCCGCAGCGAGUCCACGCACCUCUCCACGCAUCCGCUCUCCUCCGCGCCGCAGCCCACCGUCUGAACAGGCGCGCGCCGCACCACGCGAUAUCACUCCCGGAAUUACACAAGUUAUACUAUAUAAUGGCUUCAUAGUACGUCAUACGUGCUUAUUAUGAACUCUGUACGUUGUUAUAACAAUGAAAUGCCAACUUAAAUCUGGACACCAUAAUAGUCUAAAUCGCGUUUACUAAUUGAAACGUAACUUUAAAUAAUAGCUCUCGGGCGUUAUGAAAACGGAAAUGAGCAUUUUUAGGUACAUUAUUUUUAAUGAAUAUGCUAACCUAAGCAUAAUGUGUGCACAGCGUGCUUUUCGAAAAAAUGACCAAUCUCGAUAAAUUGUUAUAAUUUUGUAGGCAGUAAAAUUUAUAGGAAUCAGAAUGGGGUGCUAUUUUGGAAAGGUAUACUAAGGUGUGUCGGUUGAAGUUUUUGCAAGUUCACUUGCAACAAAAAUUAGGCCAAAUUUUAUGUUCAUCCAAUAGUUAAUUCUAAAUUUAGUAAAAAAAUAUUGAAUAAAUAAAGCUACACGAACAUGCUAGUUUAGUGCGCCUUUAUGACUAUCUAUUUGCCUGUGAACUUGCAGAAUAUAUUUAUUGCAAGAGUUGGAGUUUUGUCAAUUUUAUGUUAUGUUCCUAGUUAAUUAUUGUCUGUUAUAUUAUUAAACUCGGGGCAAUUUAUGUAUAGAGAUAUUAAUGUAGGGUGGUCUUUUGUGAAUUUAGUCACGAAUAAAGCAUAUUUAAACCUGCUAUACCUGAAGGCUUUAGAAAAUAUGUUUUGUAUUAAAAUAGUAGACGUUUGCGUUAACAUAACAUUAGUUUAACGGAAGUGAGUUGUUUUAUAGCACAGCCAUAAUGCCACUCAAUGUAACUGAGAAAUCAAACGACUAAGGAGUGUAGGGAAUACUUAUCUUGUGUGUGCCAUAAGUUUGAUUUCGUCACUUUGAUGUUAGUGCAAUUCUUAAUUUGUUCAAGUCAAGGAAACUAUCUUAGGGUAUUGGAUGAUUGGGCAAGGCCGGUGGAUGUAUUCACUUAACAUGUUUGAAGUUUGAUAUGUACUUGAGUACUGCGCCGAGUCUUGUAAGUGUUAGGCGGGAAGAGAGGGACAAAAUGAAAAAUAUACAGAACUCCAAUGUGUCUGAUCUCACUGUACCAUCAGUAAGCGUUAUUAUUAUGUUUGGGCUGUGAUUAUGUCGUGACUGGUUUAUUUUCUGAAUACAAUAUUUUAUCAUAUGACGGCGGUAAAAUAAUUGAGACUUAUAUGCUAAAAACUAUUAAUAAAAUUGUAAAUAAUCUUAAUUAUAUUACUACCAUUGUAUAAUAUCAACAGACAAAUAUUGUGUAAAUUGUUUUAUAUUUUCUACAACAAUUGAUCUUGGUGUAGCUAUUAAAUUAAGCUUUGAAUACCUGACUAGAUUUAGUAAUUUAACGAUAAAAUUGAUUUUCUUUGUUAUAAUUUUAUUUAAAUCUGUUGAGCGGAGACAGAGUAAUGUAAAUAUAUGAUAAAAGUUAUGAGGCCUUAAUAUUAUUGAUAAUUAUCGUGAACGUCGUAUCUUCUGCCUGCUGAUGGUAAGAGCUACCUACUUAUCAACUCUAAAUUAAAGAAUUUAAGAAUUCGAACCGCCGUAGUGCUGCCAACCCAAUUGUUCAACUGCCAAGCUAAACGAAUCUCCAUAAAAUAUAAAGUUUAAAUCUAA